CCCGUAAAAUCGUUGCUGUACGCGAAAAGUUAGAGGAUCUUCUGAGCGAAAAUGAGAGGCUCUUGAGUUAUCUCUGCUUGCAAAAUUGUUGAAGUAAAUAUAUAGUUAGAUAGAGAAAUCAAAAGAUGGAGGCGAGGCCGGCGUUGCCUGCACAUCCCGGAAAGGGUACGUCGAGUGAGAGGCCGGCCAUUAUUCGGCUGAUUUAUGGCUGGACAAAACUUUGGUCAAAAUAAAGCGCGACUCUGUCUGCAGUGAGUCAGUCAUGUUCUCACCAUGUGAUUAUGAGAAAUGCACCAUGCUGCACUAAAUGUUAGUAGUUCCUUAUCCUCUCUCUUCUCCUUCUAAAACAGCGAUUGGUACAAUGGCAUGCUUGCAAAGUACCCGUUUCAAGCGAAUGCGUACUCGACUGCAGUCAUCGGCGCUUUUGCUGACAUACUACGACAAUUCGUAGAACGACUCAUGGCGACGCGGAACAUGAAUCCGUCUAUUUAAGAUUCCAGUACCAUAAUGGUUUUCCACUAUUUUGUGAUGGAGACCACCAAGGGUACUUCUACAACUUGCUAGUCAGAGUAGCAGGAAAAACCUCACUACUCGCUACUACCGCUAAUCAUCCGCAGACCAGAAUUCGUCAAACAAAACGGCACCAAAUAGGAACAACGGCGUCGCGAUUUUUCUUAGAGGAUUUUACCAGGCUUUCUCCUUGAAAGACACCUUGGAGCAAUACUUGCUGGGUUUUGCGGUUCUACAUCCUCUCUGUUUCUGGUUUUUCGAGAAGAUCGAAGCUGCGUUUGAAGUAGAGCACGAGGACGACGACAUUGAGGUAGUCGAGUUUAGUAACAAAGAUGAAAGUGGUAGUACUGGAACUGGAUCUGGCAGUGGACGAGUAGUACAGAGUAUUAAAGACGAUGACAGGAGGACACAGCACAACAAUAGUACACCAGAUCAACAUCCAGUGUCGUCAUCCUUCUCUUCUUCGAAGAAAUCGUCUGAGUCCUCCAGUAGUUUCAUCCUAGCUCUCCAAAAAGUGUGCGUCGAGGAGGUUGUUUUUGCUCCUGUCUUCAACCUAGUCUUUCUCACAUGCGAAGGCGUUCUGCGAGGCGAAACGGCAUUGGAUGCUAUCAAAGAAUACGGGAGAAAAUUUCGACAGAUUCAGAGCUCAAAUAUGAUCUUCUGGUUCCCUGUGAACCUGGGCACAUUUUGGCUGGUGCCACCAAAAUUGAGGCUGCUCUUUGUAAACAUGAUGAACAUCCUGUGGAUGGUGUAUCUGAGCAUGAAAAGUAAACAGAAGUGACUUCAUACUUCUUUUUACAAUAUAUUUUUCAUCUUAUCAAAAAUCUUAUUUUUUGGAAAUCCAAUUGAUUCCAAAGUGCUUGGUACUUUCCAUCUUGGCAUUCUUGAUUGAACAUGGCAAAUACUAGAGGCCAAUGUUGGAAGUGACAACAUUUUCGCUUGAAUUUUCCUUCCCUAUAAUUUUUUUACAAGAACAAUAUCGUUGGACAUCAGUCUUCCAGUUGCUUAUUAUAAGCACAUCAUGGGUUCCACCACCAGAGACGACCAAACAAACAAGUAC